AUGUGGUGUCUGGAACGGCUCCUGCGGAACCGAGACGGGUUUCUCCCCGGGCUAGCCCGCCGCACCAAAGCGCGUUCGUCCACUGCAUGCGUGAACGUGCUCACUCCUGACCGCAUCCCAGAGUUCUGCAUCCCACCGAGGCUGGAACCUAGCACAGCCUGGGCUGCGCUGCGUGAUGCCUGGGCUGCAGACGCGGAGAGGGACGACCACGCUGGUAGCACCGACUGGGACCCGCGCUCCCAGGCCGCCCUCUCGCUGUCACACCUGCCCCGCGCACGCACCGCCUAUGGCUUCUGCGCGCUGCUCGAGAGCCCGCACACGCGCCGAAAGGAGUCGCUCUUCCUCGGCCACCCAGGCGUUCCCCGGCCCGGACUUCGCCACCGCGCGCACACCUACGCAAGUCCGCGCCGAGUCCCAGACACCCCGCACUCCGCGCCGCAUAACCCAGAUGCCGCCCGGGUCCUGCCGCCCUCUCCUGCCCCCCGCAGACGCCGCCUCCUACGCGCGCCCGAUGUACUGCUGAGGCUUGCGCUGCGGGUCCCUCGAGGUCGGACCGGCGCGCCCUCCCCGUCCUCCGGCGACAAGCUCGAACGCGCUGCCUCCUGCGCGCCCCCGGUCCCUGCGAGCCCACGCCCCGAGUGCCUGCAAGCCGAGGCCAGCGUGGCUCUGGGCCGCGGGGAUUGCACGCUGCGCCUGGCCGCCGAGUACUGUCCGCGCAGCGCGUGUCUCCGCCUCCGCCUGCUGCGAGCCGAGGGCCCAGCCGCCGCGCUCGAACCCCGCGCCCUGGGCUGCCGCCUCAGCCUAGUGCUGAGGCCGUCUGGCCAGCAGCGCGCCAGCGUUCUCAGGCGCAGCCGCAAGGCCGCUCUGGACCAGGACUGCUGCUUCGAUGGGCUCUCGGAGGAGCAGCUGCGCCGCCUGGCCGUGCGCAUCAAGGCUGAGAGCAAGGGCCGCGGGCUGGAGCGUGGACGACCGCUGGGCCAGGGCGAGCUGCUGUUGGGCUCGCUACUGCUGCUCUGA